AUGGCCGUACUCUCUGCUUCUGCUUCCCUCGCGCGCUGGCGCUUCGCGGACGCUUCCGCCUCCUGCAUGUGCCAUUUCCUCAUGAACCAUACCGCUCCGUCCUCGACCUUGUUGUACCACACCUCCGGGUCCUUGGCGCUCUCUUUCCAUUUACCCCCCUUCCUUUUCGUCUCCCAUGUUGAAGGCCACGAGGUCCUCUCCUAGA